AAUCGACCUCAACCGCGUGAACAUCGUCGGCUCUCUGCCGCCAGAGCUUGGCCUGCUCACGAAUUUGGCCUUACUCCACGUCAAUUCCAAUAGAUUUUGCGGUGGCGUCUCCAAAACCUUCGCGAGGCUCCGGCUACUUUUCGAGUUCGACCUGAUCAACAACGAAUUCGUUUUUGGAAGGAACGUGAGGAAAACGAAAGGUCCGAAGGCUGUGGUGGCGGAUGAGGGCCUUGCUAGGUCAGCCGGCGGCGGGUUCCGGGAGGAUUCCGGCGGCGAUGACGUGGAUAUCAUCAUUGUCGGCGCAGGGGUUGCCGGGGCGGCUUUAGCUUGUACACUUGGCAAGGAGGGCCGUCGAGUUCAUGUAAUUGAAAGAGACUUGACGGAGCCAGAUCGUAUAGUUGGCGAACUUCUACAGCCCGGAGGCUAUUUAAAAUUGAUCGAGUUAGGUCUUGAAGAUUGUCUGGGAGAUAUUGAUGCUCAACGAGUUUUUGGUUAUGCCCUUUACAAGGACGGUAAAAGCACCAAGUUAUCGUAUCCCCUCGAGAAAUUUCACUCGGACGUUUCUGGAAGAAGCUUUCACAAUGGCCGUUUCAUACAGAGGAUGAGAGAGAAAGCUAAAACUCUUCGAAAUGUGAGACUUGAACAAGGAACAGUGACAUCCUUGCUUGAGGAAAAAGGAACGGUUAAAGGAGUACAAUACAAGACAAAGAAUGGUGAAGUCAUUACUGCUUAUGCUCCACUCACAAUUGUUUGUGAUGGCUGCUUUUCGAACCUAAGACGCUCGCUCUGUAAACCUCAGGUGGACAUCCCCUCUUGCUUUGUGGGUUUGGUCUUGGAAAAUUGCGAGCUACCAUUCGCGAAUCAUGGUCAUGUUAUUUUGGCCGAUCCUUCUCCUAUAUUAUUUUAUCCAAUCAGCAGUACAGAAAUACGCUGUUUGGUUGAUGUUCCUGGACAGAAGGUUCCCUCCAUAGCCAAUGGUGAAAUGGCUAAUUAUUUGAAGACUGUGGUGGCUCCUCAGGUUCCACCCGAGCUGCAUGAUGCAUUUAUUGCUGCUAUUGAAAAAGGAAACAUAAAGACCAUGCCCAAUAGGAGCAUGCCAGCAAAUCCUCAGUCGACUCCCGGUGCAAUUUUGAUGGGCGAUGCUUUCAACAUGCGCCAUCCGUUGACCGGCGGAGGAAUGACUGUGGCCCUUUCGGAUAUUGUCAUCCUUCGUGAUCUUCUCAGACCUAUACCUGAUAUAAAUGACGCGUACACUCUUUGCAAGUAUCUCGAAUCCUUCUAUACUCUCAGAAAGCCUGUGGCAUCAACAAUCAACACAUUGGCCGGAGCACUUUACAAGGUGUUCUUCGCAUCACCUGAUCCGGCCAGGAAGGAAAUGCGUGAAGCUUGUUUCGACUAUCUGAGCCUUGGAGGUGUCUGCUCUAAUGGGCCCAUUGCUAUACUUUCUGGGCUAAACCCACGUCCUUUAAGCCUCUUUCUCCAUUUCUUUGCUGUGGCUAUUUAUGGAGUUGGUCGGUUGUUGCUCCCCUUUCCUUCGCCUAAAAGGGUAUUGUUGGGAGCCAGGUUGCUCUCGGGUGCAUCUGGAAUCAUUUUCCCGAUUAUAAAAGCUGAGGGAGUUAGACAGAUGUUCUUCCCUGCCACUCUUCCUGCCUACUACAGAGCUCCCCCUGUUUAA